UUCAGUCAAAGGCUGCAGGCAGCCCUGGUGGGUUUGACCCCGCAGGCCAAAGGCGGGGAUAUGGGAACACUCUAUCAGGGAUCUGCGUUGCAUAAGUCGCUUCGGCUGGAUAUGGGAGGAUCCUGUGUCUCUGAUUACAUAAAGACGUUUGUGACUAAAGAUAAACAAGAUGAAAAAGGUGCCAAAGGAAAGCAUUCACCUACCCAUAAAGGAAUCCAGACGGAAGGCAAGAAUUUCUUGGAAGAAAGCAAACGGGAGAAGAAAUUGGAUGAACGUGAAGGAACAUGUGAAAAGGUGAAUUUGGCUGGUACAGUCCUUUCCGAAGCUGACUCCGUUCCACAUGUGAAAGAGGGGAUGCCGCAGCUUGAAACCACAGAUGUUUUAGGACAGGCAAAUAGCCCCAAGGGAUGCCGACAGCAGAAGGAUGCUGGCAUUGGCAAUGUGAUACAGAACAAUGGCGUCUCCUUCAUAAGUAGCGGCAAUCCAGUGGGAAGGCAGAAUAUGGACAACAAAAGCCCAGACUUAGACGAACCUUUAAAAAAGCUUGUCAAUCAAAAACCAAAGGAAAGUGAAAGCAAAGCUUCCCGGUUCAGUCCUCCUGGCAAGGAAGUGGUGCCUUCCACCUCUAAGUCUGGUGGUGACGUUAUACGGACAAGGAUCUCAAUCAACUUUCAGAUGAGCGAUGCCCAGGAUCAGACUCUGAAGAGCAGAGGAGGGAAUUCUGGAGGCCACGGAGACCAAAGCCCUGGAGGAUCAGCUCCUCUCUCUCCUUCCCGGCUAGGCGAAGGAGCAAAAUGUUGGCCGGACUCUUGCAAAGCGAAGCAGCCCUCUAAGAGCAGUAGGACUGAUCAAGGGAAAAAGGGGGGGACUGUGUCCCAUAAGCAAGGUGAGCCGGUGCCUAAGCUCCUCCUUGAAAAGGCUGAAGAGAAAGGAGAGAGAAAAUGCAAAGUGGUAUUGGGCUUGGGCUCAGGUGCAAAAGACUCUGGGAAGGAACUGGCCGGCCCAGUGAAAAGCCCCAAGGAAACAGCAAAGGUAAUGAAAGACUCUAUGAAAGAUAGCAAAGUGGGGCCUGUGGAACUGGGCAGCACACCUGCAGGGAGGCAAGGGAACGGAUCCAGUCCAUGUGCAGGAAAACCAUCAGAAGAUGCUCUGCCGGUAGAAGCUGGUAAAGUGGAGGAGGUGAUUGUUGAUGAUAGCCCUCCUCCUCCUGCUCCAUUUGAACAUCGCAUUGUGAGCAUUAAACAAACCGAGUUAACCGCAUGCUACUCAGUAUGUCAUCACGAGGUCUUGGGAGGGGGGCGUUUCGGUCAAGUGCACAAGUGCACCGAAAAGUCAUCUGGACUCUGCCUGGCAGCCAAGAUCAUCAAAGUGAAAGUUGCAAAAGAACGGGAGGAAGUGAAGAAUGAAAUAAACAUCAUGAACCAACUAAACCACGUCAAUUUGAUCCAGCUUUACGAUGCUUUCGAAUGCAAGAACAACCUCACCUUAAUCAUGGAAUAUGUCGAUGGUGGCGAAUUGUUUGACCGGAUCACAGAUGAAAACUACAGCCUUACUGAAUUGGAUGCCAUCCUUUUUACCAAGCAAAUAUGUGAAGGAAUCCACUAUCUGCAUCAACAGUACAUCCUUCAUCUGGAUCUAAAGCCUGAGAAUAUACUGUGUGUGAAUCACUCUGGAAACCAGAUUAAAAUAAUUGAUUUUGGAUUAGCGAGGAGGUACAAGCCCCGAGAGAAACUGAAAGUGAACUUUGGCACGCCGGAAUUCUUGGCUCCCGAAGUGGUGAACUAUGACUUUGUCUCCUUCCCAACGGACAUGUGGAGUGCAGGCGUCAUCACAUACAUGCUGCUCAGCGGCUUAUCACCCUUCCUUGGAGAAACGGAUGCCGAAACCAUGAAUUAUAUUGUCAAUUGCAGCUGGGAUUUCAACGCAGAAGCAUUUGAGCAAGUCUCUGAAGAGGCAAAAGACUUUGUUUCCAGACUUCUCAUAAAAGAAAAGAGUGGCAGAUCAAGUGCGGCAAAUUGCCUUAAGCACGAAUGGCUGACUGACCUGCCCGCCAAGGCCAUGAGGUCGAAGCGCCGCUUGAAGUCUCAGCUGCUGCUCCAGAAGUACAUGGCGCAUCGGAAAUGGAAGAAGCAUUUCUAUGUGGUUGCUGCUGCUAACCGGUUGAAGAGGUUCACGAGCAUAUCCGAGAAUCCUGCAUAAUCAACUGAACGAUAGCCAAAAACAAAAAGGACUGGAUUUUAACUGUCAGCCCACUCCUCCCCACGUGAAAAUAAGUGUACUUUCCUCCUCUCCCUGUCACAUAGCCACAAGUAGACUUAGGUUUCUGCCUGACAGUCUAAUAGGAUAGAAUGAGACAGACUAAAUCGAUUCCGUUGCGUGAAAACUUAUCACAUGGAGGAAAAGAAAAGCUUGAAUUAUGCCUAAUAUAACUUCAUUUCUCUAAUUAUUAGUUAUUUUGUGAGUGGGACUGAUUUCCUUUCAGAAUUGAAUCCUGUUUUAGGAUCCUUGGGGUACAACUGGAAGGUCUACUUUGAGAGAGAAAACCAUCUCACUGCAUUUGUGCUCAAUAUUCUCCAAUUUCAUUAUGUGCUUCAAACCUAGCUCAGUGGACACAGCCAGACAGUGUCAAUACAACAAACCUUUACUAAACAUGUACAGUAUAUGCUCUUUCACUGCUAUGAGACACUAUUUCUUCUUAAUUUUGGGCACUGCUGUUUUCCCUUCAGCCUCACAGCUUUUAUGUGACAUUUGCAAAGAAUUAAAAAAUAUUUAUUGCUGUU